AUGAAGGCAAUGUUUACGUGGAUCGUCGAGCGAGCUGAGAAAUUACAAGUACGAGUCCUGGACGCCGCUUCAAGUGGCCACAUAUUACACGCGCGUGAAUUGCUGGCUCGCUACACAACUGAUUUUAUCGGAGCUUGUGGCUUCGGUCUUCAGACAGACUCGCUUAACGAUGAAAAUUCAGCAUUCCGACAGUUAGGAGCAAAAAUGUUCGUACCCACCGCAAUGUAG